CUGUUCAGACUUUGAAGAGUUUUUCCUGAGAUGGAUUCCAAAAGAUGUUCAUCAACCAUUCUCCUUCUCUCUAUCAACCUUCUCUUCUUCACCCUUGUAAGUGGGUGCAACACUUGUGUUCAGCCUAGACCGAACCCAAACCCUAGACCAACUCCUCCUCCUCCCACGAAACAAUGCCCUAGAGAUGCUCUUAAGCUAGGGGUUUGUGCCAAGUUGCUGAAUGGAACAAUCGGUGGAGUGGUCGGAAACCCUCCAGACACUCCCUGCUGCUCGGUGCUAUCAGGGCUUGUCGAUCUCGAAGCGGCUGUGUGCCUUUGCACAGCCAUUAAAGCUAACGUUCUUGGCAUUAACAUUAACAUUCCCAUUUCGUUGAGCUUGCUCAUCAACACUUGUGGGAAGCAGCUACCAUCUGACUUCAUUUGUGCUUAAGCAUUUUCUACUUAAUUUGCAGUAACUCUGCUGCAAUGUUGUGUUUUUUGGCUUUGGUUUUUCUUUUUGGUCCCUGUAACUUUCUCUUUUUCCUAAUUCUAGGAUUGUUCAAAUAACUUUUACUCUGAGAUUAUAUUUCUCUUUGUAAUUCAAGGUGACUCUUUGAAACUGUCAUACAUGCAGAGAUA